AUGUUAUUAUUUGCCUUUUUAUUUAAUGCAUUUUUAUUAUCACAACGUGUAAAAUGUAUAAAUAAGAUUGGUAAUAUAAGUCUUAUAAAAAAUAACACACAAAGUAUAUCAACAAAAUCAAGAUACUUAGCAGAAAUAGAAAGGCCAAACAAUCCACAUUAUUACAAUGACCCAGAACUCAAAGAAAUAAUUGACAAAUUGAAUAAGGAGGCAAUAAAAAAAUAUCAAAAAAAUCAUGAUCCAUAUGAACAAUUAAAAGAAGUAGUAGAAAAGAAUCAAACAAAAGUUACAGGUGGUAAUGAUGCAGAACCUAUGUCAACGUUAGAAAAAGAUUUAUUGGAAAUAUAUGAAAAAUUAUUUGGUGACAAAAGUCAUAUUAUGAUAAAAUCGAAUAUAUACAUCAAUCAAGAUGACAAAUCAAAUGAUAAAAAUGAUAAAUCUUGUGAAUGUGCAAAUUAUAAGAAAUAUAAUCAAUUAUUAUCAUCAUAUAGUGUAGAUGAUGCUUAUUUACAUAAUUUAAAAUCUGGUUGUGUUGCAUGUGUAGGUACAAGUGCUCUUUCGUCCAUAAUUACAGGUCUUUAUGGUAUUAGCGCUGCAAGUACUGCAGCUAUAGAGGCAAUUAAGACUACUUCUAGUGCGACUAUUAUUACUAAACUCACAAAAUCACUUUUUGGUAUAAAUUUUUUUUCUCAAACAUCAAUAGAAAGCGCUUAUAUUACUGCAGGUAUUACCUCCGUCGAAGGUGAACUUUAUGCAGGUCUUGUUACUUCAACAUUUUUACCUUAUGGUAUUGUAGCUAUAGUUCUAAUUUUAGUAAUUGUUGCACUUAUAAUGUUAUACAUAUGGUUUUAUAGAAGACGAAAAAGUUCAUGGAAAUAUGCAUACAAAAAUCAUUUAUCUACAUAA